CAUGGAGUCUGUCAGAGACUUCUGCUUUCUGUUCGAUUAUUGCACGGACUGCAGCUUUGAAUUCUUUCUCCAGCUUCAUAAAAAGCCAACAUUUAGUUAACCCAAAAAAAACAAAAAAAACAUGGAAAAUGUUAGAAAAUCCUCUCAACAGUAUGGAGCGCUGGAUAAAACUGAACUGCAAAGAGGGAUGGAAAAACCACAUGAUGUGAUCUCAAUGGCCGACUCUACAGUCACGAUUGAGGAGAUAGAAGGAGAGCUGUUCAAGAUUGACCAGAUACGGGACAUCCUCGUACGGAGAGAAUCGGAGCUAAGAUACAUGAUGGAUGACAUUCAGCUCUGCAAAGAAAUUACAAGGCUGAAACAAGAGCUGCAGAAGUUUGUCACAAUUCCAGACAUAGACAAAUCUGCAGAAGACAGAGAGAAGGAGGAGGAGCUACUGAAGCAGAUAAACAAGCUGGUGGAAACCAGAGACUUCCUGGUUGAUGAUGUAGAGUUCGAAAGGCUCAGGGAGCUAGAGGAAGACAAGGAGAUGGCAGCCUUCUUACAGUCAAAAUUUCCCAAAGGUUUGGCUGAAAAAGGUGCCGUGCAAGAUCAGAGGGUUGCUACCAAAUCCCAGCAGACAUCGAAUUCAAUUCUUUCUAAAACUGGAUUAUCACUGCUAAAGGACUGCUGUGGCUUUACCUGUUCUGUCAUGUAGAAGAGGAAAAACCUGAGGCUGCAUGAGUGUUGAAAUACUAAUUAGAUUCUUCAGUGUUUUUUGUGUAUCUGUUGUUUCCUUUUAACAAUUAUAUACAACACCAUAAAAAAGGCGUUAAGUCCCUUUAAACUUUUAUCACAUGAUAACCACAAACAUCCUUGUAUUUGAAAAGCUUUUUCUGUAUAGAAAACACAAAGCAGUCCAUGACUGUCUAAUAAUACAAAUCAUAUCUGAAAAGUGUGGCGUACAUUUUAUUUGGCCCCAUGUCUGUGGUUGCUUGAAGGAAAAUACAAAAAAUAAAAAACAGAAGUUAAGUCCAAUCCAAAUGCAAUACUUUUAGGAAAACUGUGCUGCACUUGCUUUAUUGGUGUCAAAGAGUGUGGAUGUUUGGAAGGCAGAGAAACGCCAUCGGCUCAUGUGGAUGGUGAGAAUUAGACUGGGCAUAGAAAUAAGUGCACCUCUACGAUUUCAAACUUAAGGCCAGUAGCAACACAUACGAUUUGUUUUCAAUCGGAUCUUUUAAGCAAAAUCUCAAACUGAGGUAAAAAACCAGGCAAUGAUCACAGGGAGGCAGAUAAACAAUACCGAUUUAGAUGAGCAGGAAGUGAUUGUAGGUCCAAGGGCAGAAUGUGGGUUGUAGUCCAGAUAUAUGGUUUACAGAGAGAAAUAGUCUAUGACAUGUUCUCCUAAACAUUUCAGUCUGUAGCUGUAAAUAUAACAAUGCAAAACACUGGUGACCAUCUAAAAAACACAUCCAAUACCCUCAUAUUUAUUUAUAAAUAUAAUUUUUUUGAAUUG